AUGAACCCUUUCGGCAACUCAGGCGGUGACGAUUUCUUCGGUGGCAUGGGCGGCCCCUUCGGCGGUGGUCCAAUGGGUGGCUCCGGCGGUGGCCCCAUGGGCGGUAUGGGAGGCAUGAUGGGAGGUGGUCCCCCUCCUAUGAUGGGACGCGGUGGCAUGGGCGGCGGUAACCCGCGUCAAGGCGGAUACUCCUUCUCUUCGACCUUCGAUUCUUCCCGUCCAGAAGGCCAACAAUAUCAAGAACACCACGAGCCUUUCGGUGACUACGCUGGCGGCCGUGGUGGCGGCGGCGGACCUAUGAGCGGCAUGGGCGGCGGUGGCGGUGGUAGUCAAGAUCCUGCUUCUCGUAGUGGCCGUGGCCUCAUGUUCUCCGGUCUCUCGCGCGCAGACAACCCGUUCCGCCAGUCACGCACCACUGGUGCGAGCCGCGCCCAAGAAGGGCCUAGCUACGGCCAACAGCGCUACAUGGACGAUUACGCCCGCGGUGGUGCUAACGACCCGCGAUAUGGAGCUGGAUACGAAGAUCCGCGUGCCGGUGGACAGUAUGGUCAUGGUGGAGGUCCUGGCCGUAUGUUUGACUAUGGAGGUUCUCGUCGUCAACAGCCAUCUGGUCAGCAGGGCUACUACGAUGAUGACUCAGAUUCAGAGCAUGAAGGUUAUAGGCCGCAGCAGCGUUAUGCUCCUCAGCAGUCUUAUGGUGGUGGUAAUGGUGGUAGUUCGCGUCGUGCUGGCGGUGGUGGAGGAGGUGGUGGACGCCAGUUUUUCAACUUUGAUCGUAAUGGGAGGAGGAAUAACUAA